AUGGCAGAGACCGCGGCAGGAGGAGGCAGAGACCGCGGCAGGAGGAGGCAGAGACCGCGGCAGGAGGAGGCAGAGACCGCGGCAGGAGGAGGCAGAGACCGCGGCAGGAGGAGGCAGAGACCGCGGCAGGAGGAGGCAGAGACCGCGGCAGGAGGAGGCAGAGACCGCGGCAGGAGGAGGCAGAGACCGCGGCAGGAGGAGGCAGAGACCGCGGCAGGAGGAGGCAGAGACCGCGGCAGGAGGAGGCAGAGACCGCGGCAGGAGGAGGCAGAGACCGCGGCAGGAGGAGGCGGAGACCGCGGCAGGAGGAGGCGGAGACCGCGGCAGGAGGAGGCGGAGACCGCGGCAGGAGGAGGCGGAGACCGCGGCAGGAGGAGGCGGAGACCGCGGCAGGAGGAGGCGGAGACCGCGGCAGGAGGCAGAGACCGCGACAGGAGGCAGAGACCGCGGCAGGAGGCAGAGACCGCGACAGGAGGCGGAGACCGCGGCAGCAGGAGGCAGUAA